GUAUUGGUUUGCUUUGAAGUAUGCCUGCCAAGCUCCAUUUAAACACAAAAGCAGCAGAGAUGCAUCAGAAACUUCAGAAAGUCUCAACUUCAUUCAAAAUCAAGCUGUUGAUGUAGUGACUGAUAUUAACAUGCUCAGGGUAUUCAAGACUUUUUCUAUUUUCGUCCAGAUUUACAUCGUCACGGACCAUGGCAGAAAUAACUUCUGCCAACAUGCUGCCACUAUUAUGUCUUUUUGUGGUAUCUCCUUUUCAAUGGUGCCAUUAUGAAAAUCUCUGCCUGAUAAAGAUGAAUUUCAUGUGCUCUACAAGUUGGUGUAUCGCUUCUAUAACCUGCUUACCAUCACUUCUUGGACACUCGGUAUUUCACUGAUCACUCUACUAAGUGUUAGAAGUUCUAUAAUUCUGCUGAUAUUUCUUUGGAUCUGUGGCUUCACAUGGAUUUUGAAACAACAUAUGACGGUUUGCAAAUCUAAGAAGAUGGAAUAUCUGUACAGAACUGUUGUUGGAAUCAUUCUGGUUUUUACCUUUUUUUAAUAAAACAGGGAAAAAAACGUUUGCAUUUCUAUUUAUUAUGCUAGUCACACUGUUGUAACUCUAGGUAUUCUGUUUGUAUAUAUGUUCUGGAAACCUUCCAUUAUCAAGAAAAUACACUGUACAAUUGUGAGCAUCCUAGCUAUUCUUAGGGUGGUGUUAGGUAUUAUUUUUCUUGUUGUUUAUUACAGGUGUUUUCAUCCCACUGCUUACUGCAGACCACAGGCAUGUUCAGACAAAGCUGAUGGAGAGGCAGGACAAAAAGAAAGAAAACUGGGAGAUUUCAAGAUUUCAUAA